CGCUCGGCUCCUAGUACUUCGUUAACCCAAGGCCAACAGGCGCAAUGCUUCCAUUAACUUCCACUGCUCCAGCGCCCACCGGGACAUCAGCCAAUCACGGCAUUCGCCAGCUCGCCCUAGUGACCCGCUAUGACUCGCCAAAGAGACUGUCUGCUGUUACCGGUCUAGAAUGACGUUUAGAGGUGCUCCUCGUUCCUCGUAGCUUGGUCAGUCGAACAUCCCAAAAUCAAUUCAGUCUCCUCAGCAGGUCAAUAGUUUGUACUUGAUCUCAUCAAUCACUUUGUAUAAAGCUCAACAUCAUGUCACCCAAACGCUAUGAAUCCGAGAAGGUUGACCCUGCUCCUUUGGGCAAAACCCUCAAUUUUGAGUUCUCCAAACGCACGGCACGUAAUCGCUUCAUGAAAGCCGCCAUGACAGAGCGUCUCUCGUCCUGGGAUCCACAAGACAAGGCAUCCAGGGGUAUCCCGUCUAAGAAUCUCAUAAAUGUCUACAAACGAUGGGGAGAGGGUGAAUUUGGGGUCAUACUGUCUGGGAACAUCAUGAUCGACUACGACCAGUUGGAGGCUAUGGGCAAUCCGAUCAUUCCACCCGACGCACCCUUCUCGGGCGAGCGAUUUGAGGCUCAACAAGAAAUGGCCAAAGCUGCAAAAGCACACGGUAGCUUGUUUGUCGGGCAAGUCAGCCAUCCGGGCCGUCAAGUCGAGAAUAGGAUCAACCCAAACCCGAUCUCCGCUAGUGACGUCCAGCUCGAGGGCAAUAUCAUGGGUAUGAGCUUCAACAAACCACGUGAAGCUACCCAGCAAGAUAUCGACCAUGUUGUGGAAAGUUUCGCUCACGCUGCUGAAUAUUUAGAGAAAGCUGGUUAUGACGGUAUUCAGUUACAUGGCGCACAUGGCUAUCUGCUCUCGCAAUUCCUCUCACCUACCACGAAUCAGCGCACUGAUAAGUAUGGCGGCAGCAUCGAGAACCGUGCACGCAUAAUCGUCGAAAUCGCACAAGCCGUGCAGAAGCGCACCAAGCCAGACUUCAGUCUCAGCAUCAAGCUCAAUUCUGUCGAGUUCCAGGAUAAGGGCUUCAGCCCCGAGGAAGCCCAGAAGGUAGUCGCCAUCCUCGAGCAGAAUAAGUUCGACUUCGUCGAGCUGUCAGGCGGCACAUACGAAUCUCUCGCAUUCGUACAUAAACGCGAAUCGACAAAGAAACGUGAAGCAUUCUUCCUCGAUUUUGCCGAGAUGAUUACUCCGGUAUUGAGCAAGACCAAAGUGUAUAUCACAGGCGGUCUCAAGACAGCUGGCGCGAUGGUCAAGGCCCUCGAGUCGGUCGAUGGCGUUGGUCUUGCUCGUCCUGUCACGCAGGAGCCUACUUUGCCUAAAGAUAUCAUCGAGGGCCGCGUCCUUGGUGCUAUUGAGCAGCUGCCUGACCAGAAUGACUUCGGGCUCACUAAUGUGGUUGCCGGAUCACAAAUUCGCCAGAUUGGAAAGGAUCAAACUCCGAUUGAUAUGUCGCAGCAGUCGAACUUAGAAGGCUUCAAGAAAGAUAUGGCAACAUGGGGCCAAGGAUUGGCUUCAGAUGAGGAUCUGAAGAAGUUUGGCUACGUUGAUAUUGAUACGGUGACGUCCACGCCGUAUGGCACUGCAGCUCCAUCAUCAUAGACUAGAAAUAUAGAUGUGUAG